GCCUGUUCCGCGGCCGCUCGGUUAUUUUCGCCUCUUUGUUUUACUGAUAGUGGAUUUAACUCGGAUUCAACCCAAUAUCCAGCGGACCGUGCUGCUCCCAGACAGGCCCCGAUGAGAGGCUCUUCAUGAUGCGGAGUUAACCCCGUCAGCUGCACAACCGCAGGAAAAGUCGUGGCUGCUGCACCAUCCACAGUCGACGCAUGGCGGUGUUAGGGAACCCCGACAUGCUGACGAGGAAGAUAAAGCUGUGUCACAUCAAUGCCCACAUCACGUGCCGUUUGUGUGAGGGCUACCUGAUCGACGCCACCACCGUCACCGAGUGCUUACACACCUUCUGUAGAAGCUGUCUAGUGAAGUAUCUGGAGGAGAACAACACGUGUCCUACGUGUAGGAUUGUUAUUCAUCAGAGCCAUCCACUGCAGUAUAUCGGCCAUGACCGAACAAUGCAAGACAUUGUCUACAAAUUGGUACCGGGACUUCAAGAGGCGGAGAUAAAGAAGCAAAGGGAAUUCUAUCAGAAGCUGGGCAUGGAGGUGCCUGGGGACAUUAAAGGAGAGCUUUGCAACAUGAAGACUCAUCUAGAUCAGCGAAAUGGUGACACAAAAUCAGAGGACACAGCCAAUAAGGAGGCAGGAGAGGAGAAGCCAGAAGAAGAUAAUGACUAUCACCGUAGUGACGAACAGGUCAGCAUCUGCCUGGAGUGCAACAGCAGCAAGCUUCGAGGUUUGAAGCGCAAAUGGAUCCGCUGUUCAGCCCAAGCCACCGUCCUCCACCUCAAGAAGUUCAUCGCCAAAAAGCUUAACCUGACAUCAUUUAAUGAGCUGGACAUUUUAUGCAACGAGGAAAUCCUGGGCAAGGACCACACGUUGAAAUUUGUUGUUGUGACAAGAUGGAGAUUUAAGAAAUCACCCCUCCUGCUCCAUUACAGACCUAAGAUGGAUCUGCUGUAGCUAAAAUGGACACAACGGUUGUUUUUAGCCCAGUGGCCGCGGACUGUGCCGAAACCUUUUUAUUUAUGCAAAGACGAUCAACCAACACCAAGCAAACACCUGACGGUAAAACAAGACCACACAAGCCAGCAAAUAGGGAUCUAACAGGGGGGACAAGUACAACAGAACUGGCAACCUCCAGCACAGGAUACUGCAACACUGGUGUGUUUUUAGGAACUAAAACAACCAUUUUUUUUGUCCGCUACAUCCUAGAUAUGUGAACAAAAAGAAAAAAAAAAAAAACAUACACAAAUGGAGAGAAAGCAUAUAUUUAUACUUUUGUACAGAAGAGACACAUGGAACCAAGACACUACUGGUGCUCUGUUUACACGCAAACAAGAUGUCGGGAAGCACGUGAUCGUCUUUUUGAGCUUCAUGCAGACUUCAUCCUCCGGAGACAAGGACUGAAGAGAGGAGGAGGUUUUUAUAUAAUAGGUGUGUUCUUUUUUUUAAUCCUUUUCUCAAUACACUCGACACGUCUUGGGAGCGCAGAAAGUAUAUGGAAAAGUUAUAUAACAGGCAUCAAUUUUAAGCUGUUUAUCAAGUAAAAUGUCCUUUUUUUUUUUUUUUUUUUUUUUUUCAUUUUGUUGACUUUGUCUAAUUUGCUAUUGGGUUCUUGAUGAUUGUCAAUUGUGAAUAGGCUAAAAUUUUUUGUGUAGUAAUUUAUGUUCUAUAUACCAAUAUUGUACAUAAAAUGUCAUUACGAGAGAUUGAAGAGAGUAAGAGACUUUAGACUGUUAAAGAGUGGAUCCCAGAAGUGCUAUCUAUAUGUUGGGCAACUUGUCCGGAGGAGAUAAAUUAGGAUUUUUAAUACAGACUCGCUAUCGGUAUCAAAAAUAUAUAAAUGCAUCUUUAUGUCGUCGGAGAAAGACACAAAACAAAUAUAUGGAAUCCUCUGCCGUUGGUGAGAAUGUGGGGUCUAAAUAUGUUGCUCUCAUAGCAUUAAAAGACUUGAGUGAAGGUAAAGAGAAAGCUUCAAACUAUCUCGCCACCCCGUCCGCCCCAUCUCACCUGCCUCUUAUCAUUUCAUUAACAUUCUAAGGUAACAACGCUUUACAAAACACCCAUCUCAGAAAAUCCUUUAAGGCAUGAAAAUACUUGAGCACAUAAGUCGCUAAUUCUUAUUGAUUUCUUCAUCAGUCCUGCUUGUCCGUCCUUGUGUUUCUGCAGCUUUUCAGCCCGUACACUGCUGAGAUGCACCCACAUGUUUACAGCUUUUACUUUGAGCGGCUGCAGCAGAUGUUUGUGGCAUUCUACACCCUCAUACCACACGCUUCCUUCUGCUCUUACCCCUCAUGUCGACUGGCGGCAGCUGGCUCCAUAAUGGUUCAGAUGGACACUAGAAACGAAUGUCUGUUCUUUAUUGGCUACUCUCCUUCUACUCACAGUGUAAGCAUGUGAAUCAUCCAGCUCAUUGGUUGUGUCUUAGAAUUGGUGACUUCCAAGAAUGUACAAUGACUGGAUAAAUGCAAAUGCUAAAGAAUCAACUACUAAUAUGCAUAUUAACUAAGUGUUAAAGACGGCAUAUUACUGGUUACUGGUAAAUCUUAAAUUCCAAUAUAAUAUAACACGACCACAGUUCAGCAUGUGUUGCUUUCCUGACUGGCUUCAGAUAUCCAGAAAGUGCCAAUAGAAGGCAUUCCUGCAGAGCAAAUGAAUGUGUCAUAAUCAGCAUUAACGUUUUACCAAAAAGAAUACAUUCAUAUGGAGUCACCAGCGUUUUGGUUAGUGACUGUAAUUUAGCUCUUAUCCACAGAAAUGUAGAUAUUCCUCUAAACAAAUUUCUUCAGUUUAAAGUCGACCCACAUGACCUUCGCAUACAAAAUAUCUCUGUGAGAAAUCGAAGUCGACCACAAACUGUCAAACAGCCUUUUGUUUCCGACAGAUUUUACUUGUGGAUCAAGUAGUUCUGAAGAUUUAACGGCUGGGAUUAUUAAUGCACCUUUCAAAUGAAUGCCAUACUUUGGUAAAAAUGGCCGAUUCGUAUUUAAAUAGCUAAAAGGAGAGUGAGACUUUCUAAUUUUAUGUCAAGUGGACAUUGGCUGCUAUUGUAGCCUCCAUACCAAUCAUUUCCAGGAGUCGGAGCAGAGCCGGUGCUGGUGGACAUCAGGGUUAAAGCUACAUGUUUAUGUAAACUACAUCAGCCUGCAUCACGUUACACUCACAUUAGUAGAACAUUCCCUCGCCCACAGACAGUGAACUGAGGGCAGCAGCAAGCAAGUUUUCUGUCCAGAGCUGGAAUUAGUUUCUCUAUUAUUUUUUUUUCCUUUUUUUUUUUUUUUUUUGGUGGCGUCUCACACAGCAGUCAGUUAACAUGAACGCACUGUGCAAAUCACUGGAGUCACAUUAUUGGGAAUGAGGGUGUGAUAAAUUUUCCGUUUCUCCUCACUGCCAUUUGAAGCUGCAAAUGUGCAAAGUUGCACGGUGUUAAAUAUAUAUAUAUAUAUAUAGAGAGAGAAAACUUAAUGACUUAUUGCUUCUGGCACAAUAGUUUCAGAACUUGGAAUUGCUUUCAGAAUAGCCACUGAAAUCACACACAAAUUCAGGUUUUGCACAGGGAUUGAGAUUUUUUUUUUUUUUUUUUUGAACAUUUUGAUAUGAAAUUCUAAAUAGUGACUACUCUUUGGUCAUUUGGUGCUCAUAAAUGUCUGUUUUUAAUCCUGAGGAUGACUGUGCCUCGGGAACAUGCUGUUCCUAACAAACCAAUGUUCAAACUAAAAAAAAAACAAAAAACAAAAACAUGUCUUAAAUCUCAAUGUAAAAAGUGAACAAACUGUUUGUCAUGCUACCACAACUGGAUCCCUAUGUACACUCCAUGUCAAACCUCGAUUAUAAUACCUCACUGUCUCUCAUCAUCAACUCUUACAAUUGAUAUGUACCUGAUACAUCUAUUUGUUCUGUCUGUAUGUUCACGUGCAGGGUUCCUAUGCACCCACAGACUCCCCAGGUCAAAAUCGGAUAAUGCAAACCUAGGUCUAUGGUGAAAAGGAAAGAAAAAACCUCACUCCGGUUACCCAUACCUGCUCUGUAAAUCCUCUUAUCUACCCCAGUAUUGUGGUGUUUGCAGUGUAUAUAGUGCUCUUCAGGCAGAGUCUUCUAGCUUAUCCUCAGCUGUAAAACAUCAGUUAUUGGUUUUUACAUCCAAAAUCUGUAGCAUUCAUGAUUCAAAAUGACAAAUGUGUAGGAACCCUGCUGCAUUAGGACCUAUUACAUGGUUUGUACAUGUUUCACAGCCUGCAGGUCUGCACCAAACCAGCUCAACCAAAACCACUCCUGCAGCUCUUGGUCUCGUCUGCACAGUGCGGGGUAACUUUCAGUUCAGUAAAUCCAGUGAUGUGUUCAAACAGCUCCAUUUUUUUUUUUUUUUGGUUUUCAAAAAUACAUCAAAUAUUAGUAAACUUAAAGAUGUUAAGAGGUUCCAGUCUUGGUUGACAUCUUUAGAAAGUUCUGUUUUGCAGUGGUUUAAUGAAUAAAAAUAUAACCUGCAUCCAAAUGGUGUUGAGAUAAAGAAAUUAAAUCUGAUCUACACUUUUGUGAGAAAUCCGACUUCUUUGAUAUAAUUAUCAGCGUAAACCAGAAACGAUGAGCUUUCCUGUAUUGGUUUCCUCACGGAAUAGUGUUGUCAGUUCUUGGUUAAAAUUCCUCCCAAACUGUGUAAUUAUUCAGUGCUAUUUUGUCUGUAAGUGCAAAUUUCCUGCUGUUGCACAAUAUUUAACUCAUUUUCUAAUAAGAUCAGUGUCUCCAGCUUAAGACGCCCAGAUUUUAGAUCGCACUGCUGCACCCCGGCAUACAAGGAAAAAGGAUAAAACCAUCCAAAAUAAUUAAACAUGACAGGGAAAGUUCGAAGACUUACAUUCACAGAAAUCCAGUAUUUGUAAGUUUUGUCACUUCCUCUGUGUACAUUCAGUCUGAUCGCGAUAACCUUUUAAUGUACGUCUGCUUUUUCAAGCGAUUAAGCUGUAAAACACGAUACAAGGUGCUACAACUACAAACACAAACCGCAUUCAAUACAUUUCUGUAUUAUGCAGAUCACUGCAUACACUGUUUUGUACUGUUUAAAAGGGUCUGGAUUUGAACAAAUGUUACAUUUGUAUGUUCAUGUUUCCCUUUUUUUUCUUAUUUCUAUGGUAGAGUUCACAUGCACCUUUAUUUGUUGCAUUUGAAUUUGCAUCAGAUUUGUGUAUACAUAAGAAAAAAGGUUGUUGUUUUCCCUAAAGUGUGUGAGACCUGGCCAAUAGGACUGCGACUAGCAACGAUAUGCUCCAAAAAGUGUUAUUUACUGUCAUAGAGGGGAAAAAAACAUAUUUAAGGAGUUGGAAUCUGAAUUUUAACUUGAGUUUCUUCAAAAAAAAAUCUCAAACCCUCAUCAAACACUCAUUGAUCCUCACAAAGUUGAUGAUUUCCUUAAUAACUGAUGAGUAAUCGAUUAAUUGUUGCAGCUCUAAUGGCCAAAUACCACGUUUGUGUUCAUGGAUUGCAUUGGUUUAGACACAGAAUGGAUCCUACACAUUCAGCAGAGUUGAGGAUCAUGACAGAACAGUUGCAUAAAUCCAAUCAGAACCAAACUUUUCUGUCAACUGUCGUAUAAAAGUACUACUUCUGGCAGCAGAUGACGUCCGCUUUACAUGUUCACUCAUUUUAUUCCUUCAGUAGACGCAAAAAAAAAAAAAAAAAAAGAAAAAAAUGGGA